UGGCGUGCUGCGUGCGCGCAGUGUUUCUUUCGCAAGCCCAGCAGUGUUGUGCUGGCCGUCGGAACCGACGCACGCGUGUUGCACCCGCGACUGACAGUUUACGCAACGGUUCGAAAGUGAUGUGGCGGUAGGAAGGGCUCAGUGGCGGUACUCCGAGGCAUAUUGCCUCACAGUGUAAACAAACUUUUGAAUUAUUCACGAACAUCAAUAACCUGCCAAAAUGGGGAAGGAUGAGAAAAAAGGGACACUUGUCCUCGACAACUUUAAUUCCACGGCUAACCUAGCAUCAAACCCUGGCUUCCAGUCGACCCUCAGCCUGGGUUCGAAAGAGGUCAUCAAUGAGAAAGCCUACAACCCCUUCGAGCACAGAAAUGUAGAGCACCCGAACUCAACAAUCGGUUCGCUGGUGCAUCUCUUGAAGUCCUCCCUCGGGUCGGGCAUCCUGGCCAUGCCGGCUGCCUUCAAGAAUGCAGGAUUAGCUUUCGGAGCCAUCGGGACCAUGGUCGUGGGAUUCAUCUGCACGCACUGUGUUUAUAUUUUGGUAAAGACGUCGCAAGAAGUAUGCGUGGAUGCCAAGAAGCCGUCGAUGGGUUUCGCGGAGACCUGCGGAGCUGCUUUCGAGUUCGGCCCGAAGAGGCUCAGGCCGUGGGCUAACUUCGCCAGAACGUUCACAGACUACGCCUUAACGUGCACGUAUCUGGCGGCACUGUGCGUCUACAUCGUGUUCAUAGCUGAAAACUUUAAAGAGGUACUGGACGAGUACAUGCCAAACUACAAGCUAUCCGUGGAAACAUACUGCGCGCUCACCCUAGUGCCUCUCGUGCUCAUCUGCCAGAUUAGGAACCUCAAGUGGCUGGUGCCUUUCUCGGCCAUCGCCAACGUUCUGCUGGUCAUAUGCUUCUCCAUCACCAUGUACUACAUCUUCAGCGAUCUCCCCAACCCUAAGGACAGGGAGAUGGUGGCCAGUGUUACGCAAUGGCCGUUGUUCAUCAGCACAGUAAUCUUCGCCAUGGAAGGCAUCGGCGUGGUGAUGCCUGUUGAGAACGAGAUGGCCAAGCCCCAGCAGUUCCUUGGCUGUCCCGGCGUGUUGAACGUGGCCAUGACCAUAGUCAUCUCGCUGUAUGGCAUUGUCGGGUUCUUCGGAUACUUCAAGUAUGGCGACGAGGUCCGAGGCAGCGUCACGCUGAACCUCCCACAAGAUGAAGUACUCGCCCAAAGUGCCAAGAUCCUCAUGGCUCUCGCGAUCCUGUUCACAUACAGCCUCCAGUUCUACGUGCCCAUGGAGAUGAUCUGGCGUCAGCUCCACACCAAGAUCGCUGUGAGAUACCACAACAUUACCCAGAUCUCUAUCAGGACCGCUGCUGUGGUUGGAUCAGUCGCUCUGGCAGCAGCGUUCCCCGACCUGGAGUUAUUCAUCAGCCUGUGUGGAGCCAUCUUCCUCUCAACCCUGGGACUCCUGACCCCCGCUAUCGUGGACACCGUCCACAACUGGGAACGCGGUCUUGGUUUCUUGUACUGGAAGUUAUGGAAGAACAUCCUGAUCGGAUUCAUCUCUCUGAUCGCUCUCUUCGCUGGAUCCUACGUAUCGAUCAGGAGUAUGGUUGAAAAAUUCGGUCACUCAGAAAAAAUUGUGCCAACGGAAAUACUGCCAGCAAUUUCUGUUUUCAAUGACACAAGUGUGUGAGUUGCUUUCCAUGACAGUUGGUUCUGAAGUAUUAUUUUGACUAUCGAUAGAGAUUGUCGUUGACUUAUUACAUUCCACUAAUAUAGAAGGCCUCGCUAAAAGCUCUACGUUGUCCAGUGCUAUAGAAUACAACACCUUUUUUAAUUGCCUAAAAUAUUGUGCUAUUAUUGUGCGACAUAUAUCUUCGACAAUGGACAUCUGAAGGUAGGUAUAAAUUGAAUAAAAUAGUAAUUAUAUUUUUUAUAGUACAUGCCUUUGUGUUGAAUAGGGCUGGAAUCAUCUCUAGAUGAGUUUGACACUCAGGUUAACAACAGACCUUUUUUAAAUAAGUAUAACUCACCCUUACUUUUUAUGACAAAAUAAGACAUUUUUAUAAAAACUAUUUUUUAAGUGCAUGUUCUGUGUUACUUAGACAUAAAAUAGACUCCAGGUUGUGAAUAAACCAAGUUUCCGGUUGUAUAUUUGACUGACUCAAAUCGUUUUCAAAUAUAAAAAGAAAGGAAUACUUAUUCUGUGAAUUGAUAAAUAUGUACUGUCAUCAAAAUUGUAUACAAUUAUUAGUUAGUAUAAGUAAUAACUAAAUUGGAACUUUGUAUUGGCUCAAGUUUAAAAAACUCAAUACAAAUUCCAAAUUUUAAUCCUCGCUUAUUUAGUUCCAUAUUAAAGAUUUUAUGUAUUAUGACAUUUUUAGUCUAUAAGACAAAUUAGUUAAGCUGGAGUAUAUUUAAGUUAAGUUAGUUUUAAGUGUAACCUGAACUUUUUACGACGAACAAGUAGUUUUAGGACUUUUAUUCUGCAUCGAGUCAAAAUCAAUCCAUUCUAAUCUUCAAUUGUUUGUAACGGUGCAUGUAACGAUAACUAGGUCUCGACAUUAUUUUUCAGUUUGUUUUGUUGUAACAUAUUUUAUUUGUUUAUUGUUCAACUCUAAUAUUCACAUAUUUUCAGUACAAUUGAAAAUAGUUACCAAACCACAUUUUACAUUUUCAUUGAUUUUAAACUAUAAUAUCAUAGUGGGGCGAACUUGAGUGUAAUCUCUGUAAAAUUUAUAUGACCCUAAAGGACCCACGCCUAUCUGAAAAAUUUUACUUUACGUUAAAGUUUGACACAUUGACAGUUUUUGUAUUUGAAAUAUAUUUGAAUCGACAUUCUCGCAAAACAUUAAUUUCAAAGUUAUUUGAUGAUUGAAAAGACGGGCCGUCACAUAAUAAGUGGGUUUGUAACAUUAAAAUUGUUAAAAACAUAAAAGUAUACGGCAUCCAAUUAGAUUUUUUUAUUUUGUAAUAUUGAUUAAUUUAUAAAAAAUAUUGUGAUUCCACGAAAAUAAAGUUUACCUUUGAACUUUUUAUUAGUGCCGUCUUUGUGAGAUCUUUUAUUGUUAUUCCCAUUAAAAAAUAUGGAUUUAUUAAAUUUCAAUCUGAAUAAAAUUUUAUAACAACUUUGUAUUGAAAUGUGAUAUAAUAAUGAAUUUGUGAUCCGUCCAAAUAAUGCCAUUUCAAAAUAUUUGAGACGUUAUCAAGUACAAUAAUGUUUUUAUAAUAAUAAAAUCCUGUUGAAAA